CUAUGCUACGCUAUUGUUAUGCUAACAUGCUAUGCUAGCUAAGUUAGAACCAGAGUACGCUGUGACGUCAGUUACGUAUCAGAUCUCGUUCUUUUUUGCGCAUCUUCCAACGAUAGAACCAAAAUAUAUCGCGUUAAAAUAAUAAACUAAUAUGAUUUAAUAAUAAUAUAAAAAUAAUAACGUCAUUGGCUCCAGUGGAGAUGUUGUGAUGUAGGAACCUUUGAGCGUCGUUGACGUUUCCCUGACGGAGCCUAACAGGAGACGCACAGUGUGCAGAUCCAAACAUGCCUCGCGCUCCUCGGAACCAGCUGACUCCCUGGAUCGAGAGCCUGAUCCUGGGCUACGGCAGCGGGGAGGCGGGCGGCGGCGGCCGGCUGAAGGCUCAUGUGAUCGGGGUGGGUCAGAUGUCUCAGUCCCAGGCUCUGAGCUCCGAGGGCCUCACCGGGCUCCUCUUCCUGUCCGACGGGGUGCUGCAGCUCCCCGCCGUCCUCACCGCCUCCGCCUGGGAGCAUCUCCAGGAGCAGGAGGACCGCGAGUGCAUCACCAGCCUGGUCAACGCCACCGUGUGCCUCCGGGACUACCGGCUCCAGCUGUACGUGUCCCUGCAGCAGGUCAGGUGCCGGUUCUUCCUGUCGGUGGGGGAGCUGGCCACCACUGCGGCGGGUCCGGUCCGAGACAACACCCCGUGCUGCACCUCCCUGCCCUCCGUCAGGCAGAAGAUCAUCCAGGCGUGGAGGGCGCUGCAGGGCACGGAGCUGCAGGAGUCCCAGAGGAGCCAGGGGGGGUUCGACCUGUCGGAGCUGCUGGGGGAGUGGCAGCACGACUGUGUGCAGACGGUGCUGGACGAUGUUCGGGAGAGGCUGGUGGGAGCGAGCAGCCCGCAGCCCUCCACCUCCACCCCGCUGCCCACCCACCCGGCCCCCUGCAGCGCCACCGGCUGGGACGUGGACAGGGUGAAAUACAAAGGAGCGAAGCGUUUCAUUGUCCCUGUCGAGUGUCUUCUCCUCCCAGAGGAGGAAGCUCUGCGGCUGCAGGCACCACCUGAGGUCAGCAGGAGGCAGAGUGAGCUCUCUGCUGCCUCUGAGGACAUGAGGUCAGAUUCACCACACCCCCCAGGGACCACACAGCCUCCCAGUGACGAGGCAGAGUCGCUGGUUUCCACGCCAGCUGUCGUAGAGACCAACACCAAUGAGGUCUCCCCUUCUCCUGUGGAUCAAGAGGACGAAACCGUACACGUGAUUGACAGUCACAUCACACUUUUAUCCAACCCGUGGGACAUUUACUCUCCGCCAUCCUCUGUUGCGUCCCUAGAUGCAACGCCAACGACCGCUCCGCACACGCCCACCGCCGCUGAAUCCAAGCCUGACCACGCUGCCAUGUUGACCAGCACGCAACUUCCUGCCCUCAGCCUGGAGACAACCGAGCACAGCAAGGGAGAGCACAGCGACAUCCCACCGUACCAGCAGCCGCCAUGUUCGACCAGCCUGCCUGAGACCGCCGGGGCGCCAUCAUCCUCAUCUCCUGUGAGUCCAGCAGAACCUUUGUCCAGACCGGCAGACAAGUCCCCCCCCACAGACGAGCGCUGCAACAACACAGCUCAACAAAAUCCCCUUGCCGAGGACAGAGACGGUGAGAUUUGGGUGAAGGACGGAGAGGAGGCUGAGGACGGAAAGUACGGGAAGAGACAGAGAUGUGAGGAGGAGCAGAGGGAGGAAGCUCAGGUGAGCGGGGACCCUCCAUCUUGGCUCUUUGACACACAGGCCGGCCUCUGGGCUGAAGGGGGCGGCGGUCACACAAAGGGUCAAAGUGCAGGAAGCGCCUGGAGAAAAGCUCCCAGGGUUCACAGCAGUGGCCGGACGUUCUCUUACUCGUAUCAGGUGUCCGGACAGAACCUGCAGGACUUCAGUGGACUCCCAGUCAGCGAGUCUCUGCUGCACUGGGCUGUGAAGUAUCUGGUUCCGAAGACGAGAGAGCCCGCUCCACGUGUCCGUGACCUCUGACCGCACCAAGGUCACGUCACCGUAGGUUCAGAGACAGUUCAUGUUCGUUGCAGCUGAGUUUGUUUUAUAUGUUUUGUUUUAAGCACUGAGAAAAAUAUGUUUUUACUUUUUUACUCUAAAUAAAUAUUGUCUAAUAACACAAAGUUCAUUUGUGUUAUAACUAAA